GGGCAGCAGCAGGGGCAGCAGCAGCAGCAGCAGCAGCAGCAGCAGCAGCAGCAGCAGGGGCAGCCGGGGUGUACGACGGAGACGGGGACAAUGUGUUUUUGUACCGGCUGGUUCCCGGGUGCUGUCCCGCGUCGUUCGGAGUGCACUGCAUGCGGCUGGCGGGGGUGGGGGAGGAGGUGUGCGCGCGGGCGAGGGAGGUGAUCUCGGCCUUGCAACGAGGCGAGCCGGUGCGGCGCAACCCGCGUGUGAUGGCGAGCGAGGGCGCACAGCGAGUGAGGCGCCGCUUGCAGCAGCUGCAGGCAACGGCGGAGGUGGCGGAGGGUCCGGAACGCGAC